UGUACUUCUUAUGGCCGGUCGCCUCACCCUCAGGUAGACGGAACGUUCCGCGAAAAGUCUUCUCUCCUGUCCUGCAGUCAUCUGGAAUUGUCCAUCAUGGAGGUGAACGGCACGGCACACAUCUUGAGCUCUGCCUACCUGGCGGUGGAGUACAUGGAUGCAGUGUUGCCAGAAAACCCCCUCCAGCCCUCCUUGAAACAUGCCUGGGACUACAUGAUGGACAACUACACUAAGUUCCAGAUUGCCACCUGGGGGUCGCUCAUCGUCCACGAGUGUAUCUACUUCCUGUUCUGCCUCCCCGGAUUCCUCUUCCAGUUCUUGCCCUUCAUGCAGAAAUACAAGAUCCAACAGGACAAGCCAGAGACCUGGGAGAAACAGUGGAGGUGUUUUAAGAUGCUGCUGUUCAACCAUUUCUGUAUCCAGCUGCCGUUGAUCUGUGGGACUUACUACUUCACUGAGUUCUUCAACAUCCCUUAUGACUGGGACUCCAUGCCUCGCUGGCCGUACGUCAUGGCUCAGUGUUUCGGCUGUGCUGUCGUUGAAGACACCUGGCACUACUUCCUGCACCGCCUGCUGCACCACCGCAGGAUCUACAAGCACAUCCACAAAGUCCACCAUGAGUUCACUGCUCCGUUCGGCAUGCAGGCAGAGUACGCUCAUCCUGCUGAGACUCUCAUCCUGGGAGCAGGAUUUUUCAUCGGCAUCAUGAUGUUCUGUAACCACGUGUUCCUGCUGUGGGCCUGGGUGUCCUUCCGCCUGCUUGAGACCAUCGAUGUCCACAGUGGUUACGACAUCCCUAUGAACCCACUCCAUCUGAUCCCAUUCUACGCCGGUACCCGCUUUCACGACUUCCACCACAUGAACUUCGUUGGGAACUACGCCUCCACCUUCACCUGGUGGGAUAAGCUACUGAUGACAGACAGCCAGUACAACAAGCACCAGCAGAAACAGGGAGACAAGAAGGAGCAGUAAACAUCUCUGCCUCUAGGAGGGAAGAAUCAGUGACACACUGACAGUGCUGCUUUUCCUCUAUCUCACACUAACACACACACACACACACACACACACACACACACACACACACACACACACACACACACACACACACACACACACACACACACACACUUAAUGUGUACUGUAAAGGAAUCAGCACUGCUGUAUUGAAUGGGACUGCAUGUCAACUUCAGUCCGUCUUGUGUGCCUUUUUUGCAAUAGAAGUAUUUUUAUCUUCUUGCUGCAGGCUGAAUAAAAAAACAUCUACAUCCUCAUUUGAUUUUUUGCUUUGCUUUGUCAUUGCAUGCAGUUUGUACCAUAUGACUUUCUUAUGAAGUUCUUCCGUAUACCUCUGAAUGUUUUAGCACUUUAGCGCUUCCUCUUUAGUUAUACUGAGUUAGAGGGAGUCGUGUGACAGCUGCAGUUCUGUGGGAGCUGUCCAAACUCAAGUCAGGCAUGUUUGAUGGAAAUUUGUGUUAUUUUUUUAAUAAAAAGACAUUGGCUCAUAUAGAACUUACAA